AUGGAACCGGAGGAAAGUAGGCCAUUCUUGGAUGGUAUACCUUUCAAGAGUAUUACGGUUGAGAUGUCGGCGGAGAUUGAAAGACCCUUUACGAAGAAUGAAAUUAGGGAGGCAAUUUCGAAAUGUGGAGUUGAUAAAAGCACGGAGUGCUUUUGUGCCGAAAGACAAUUUUUGGAUGGUGUGUUGGUGGCUAACGAAGUCGUGGAUUAUGCAAGAAAGGAGGGUAAGAAUGGUUUGUUAUUUAAAGUGGAUUUCGAGAAGGCCUAUGAUAAGGUUAAUUGGAAUUUUUUGCGUUAUAUGAUGAAUAGCAUGGGGUUUGGUAGGAGAUGGUUAUUAUGGAUGGACUUGUUGGUGUUUAAUAGUAAUAUGUCGGUGCCUGUGAACAGGAGCCCCACUAAAGAAUUCGGUGUUGGAAGAGGGUUGAGACAAGGAGAUCCUCUUUCUCCUUUUCUCUUUGUUUUGGUGACGGGAGGUUUUUCGGGGAUUGUGGGAAGAUCUAUUGAAGUAGGGGAAUUUUGUAGAUUUGAUAUGAAAAGAUCGUGUUGGGUGGAUUUGUUACAAUUUGCGGAUGAUACUUUAAUUGUGGGGGAGGGGACUUGGAAGCAUGUGUGGGCGAUUAAGGAGAUUCUUAGAGCUUUUGAAAUUGUUUCGGGUCUUGGCAUAAACUAUCACAAGAGCAAGUUGAUUGGAAUAAAUGCCCAGUACGGGGAUUUAUCUUCUCUUGUAUAUAGUGAAGGUAAUUGCACAAAAUACUCUUCUUUUUCUAAUUGGUGGAGGGAUAUUGUUUAUAUUGGAAAUUUUUUUUCUAGGGACCCCAUUGUUAAGUGUUAUCUUUUUUAUGUUCAUAAUGGGUAUACAACACCUUUUUGGGAAUCUUGUUGGUUGAGUGAAGAGGCUUUGAAGAAUGUUUUUCCGGAAUUAUUUGAAGCUUCUUGCCUUAAAGGAGUUUCGGUUGGGCCGAAGGGAAGAAAUGGGGCGGAUGCGGUUUCAUGGACUUUUGGUAUUGACACGACGUUCACAGUGGCUUCGUGCUACCAAUUUAACUUGAUGGAUUUUAUUCCUUAUGGUCCUGUUAACAAGCAUGAUGAGGCGUUUGGCAUCCUUUGGAAAGCGGAGGUGCCUUUCAAAAUAAAGGCAUUUGGAUGGAGACUAUUUCUUGAUAGACUUCCCACUAAGGAGCUUUUGAUGUAUAGAGGUAUUCCUAUUUCUUUAGAUAAUCUUAAGUGUGUUUUUUGUGGUUUUUGUGUAGAAAAUAGGAACCACUCUUUUUUGCGUGUAAUAUGGUGA